CUCACGCCCCGGAGUUCAUUCGACUUUGUUUUGUCUUUGUUCUGGCUUUUCAACUUUCGCAUCUACAAGUGAAUGCGGAUAACUCGCUACGUACUUUUGGUUUUGCACAUUCAUUGUUUGCACCUCAAAUCUUUAUUGGGAUAGAGAUGUUUGUCUAAGCGAGACCCCCCCCGCCCCGCCCCCCGGCUAUAAACGUUCACCUGAGAAACGGGAGAAUAAGAGAUGCAUCGUCAUGUUUUUUUAUUAAUUAGGUAACGCACUGGGAAUCAUUUUAGGGAGGUUUACUUUAAUGUUGAGACGAGUGUUUGAGGCACGAAUACUGUAUUGUCGGCGGUACUGGAUACAGAAUGUGUCGGGGAGGUUUGACCAAAGCGACUGGAGGAAAACACGUGUAAUGUUUGAAUGUGGACCUCACAGCAUGCGAGUUGACACAAAAGCAAAGUUUUUGGGGAAUAAUGGCCAUUUUCUGUAACUUUUGUGGCAUAAGCAAUUAGGAAAUAACAUUAUCCAGUGACAAUUUUUGUUUGUUUGUUACACAGCGUUAUCGCGGAUUUUAUAUCGCGGGGGUGGCGCGGUCUAAAUCUUGAGAUUGGCGGCGCGAGACGCGUCAAUUCCCAGCAAUUGCGCGGCCCUGUUCAGCGGCAGGGCGGGCGCGCUAUGACGAGAUCGGGUGACGGUAAAACCCCGACGGCUUCAUAACGAAGUGUUCGCGAAAACGACGCUCACACCACCACAACCACCGGUGCCGUGAACGAAGAGUUCUGCUUCAUCCAGCGCUCCGGAGUGUUCGUGCUAUCAUGGAGCCGUCUGACUCUGAUGGAGCUGCGGAAGGCUCUGGAAGGGUCUUCAUGCAGUCGGAUGACUCGAAGCAAGCCCGGAUAGACCCUCGACACCGACAAAAGAAUCGCUAUCGGCGAAAGAAGACCCUCGAUGCGAAAGGAGCAGUGGCAGAGCCUGACAGAGCCUGCACGCAGCAGACGGAACCACGGAUGGACUUAGAAGAGUCCCCAUCAUGGGGAAUGGAGGAUGGUCCAGGGCCAGGAGACAGCGCCGGGACCACGCCAGCACCUGGGGCAAAAAAAGAUACCAUUACUGAAUAUGGCAACUCGUCGUGCGCAGCCCCCCAGGGCACGUCUCUGGUUCACUCUUUUGACCGAAAGGUUCGUCCCUACAUCGACCUGAUCGACACGCUGCGCUAUCUGGGCGUGGACCAGGACGUGGGCCUCCCCGCUGUGGCCGUCAUCGGGGACCAAAGCUCGGGCAAGAGCUCCGUGCUGGAGGCUCUGUCUGGGGUGCAGCUUCCACGUGGCAGUGGCAUCGUGACGCGCUGCCCGCUCGCCCUGAAGCUGAAGCGCGCGCCGGGCCCCUGGCAUGGACGCAUCAAGUACCGCGUGCAAGGCCGCACCGUCAACACGAAGCUCGACACUCCAGAAAGUGUGGGCGACGCCGUCCUGCAGGCCCAGUCAGAGUUGACAGGGGAUGAUCUGGGCGUGAGCAAGAGCCUCAUCGAGCUCGAGGUGACCUCCGAUAGUGUUCCCGAUCUCACCCUCAUCGACCUGCCCGGGAUCGCCCGCGUAGCCCUUGCUGGCCAAGCCGUCGACAUUGAGACUCAGAUAAAGGACCUGAUUCGUGACCACAUCGGCCGGCAGGAGACCAUCAAUCUGGUGGUGAUCCCCUGCAAUGUGGACAUUGCUACAACUGAGGCGCUUAAGAUGGCCCAGGCUGUGGACCCCACCGGCGUGCGUACCCUUGGGGUCCUUACCAAGCCGGACCUGAUGGACGAGGGAACUGAGCGCAACGCUCUGCGCAUCCUGCAGAACCAGGUGUUCCCGCUGUCCAAGGGCUACGUGCUGGUCAAGUGCCGGAGCCAGCGCGACGUGGAGGCGCAUCAGACGCUGGCCGAGGCGUCGCGUGUAGAGGCUGCCUUCUUCAAGAAGCACCCCGUCUUCUGCCACGUGCACAACGGUGGCAAGUUGACCACCACUACCGUUUUGGCUGCCAAGCUCACCGAGGAACUUGUGGACAACAUCAAGCGCACGCUGCCGAAACUGCGGAAGGACCUGGCGGAAAAGCUGCGUGAAGCGUGCGCCGAGCUGGAGAGCCAGGGCGAGUCCAUCCCGGAUGACGCUCGAGCGAAGCAGCUGUUCAUCAAUGCGCGCGUGAUGAGAUACAAUGACGACGUGCGAGGACUCGCGCGGGGAGAGCCCAGCCGCAAUCUUCCACGCAACAUGAUGCUGUACACGCUCGUGCGAGAGCACUUCCGCACGUGGCUCAAGGAUCUGAAGAGAGCCCAGGAUGCGUGGCUGGAAGAGCUGGACAAUUUGAUUCGGGAGUACAUAGAUAAUCGCUCGGGGCGGGAGCUGCCGGGGUUCGUGAGCUACCACGCCUUUGAGAACCUCGCUCGAGUUCAUGUGCAGCGCUUGGAGAAACCGGCCCUCAACGUGCUCGCUGUCACCUGUUGGAGCGUGCAGGAUGUGUUCAUGCGACUCGCCGAUGACGUGUUCAAAUUCCUUCCAGAGUUUAACCGUCUCGUCAAGGCAAAGGUGGGAGCGCAGGUGCAAGGCCAGGAGCAGAAAGCACGUGUCCUGAUCGUCACCCUCUUCCGCAUGGAGAGCAUGGUCUACACGCAGGAUAUGCUCUAUCAGAAUAGCCUAAGAGAAGAGCACCAGCAAGAUCAUGAAGUCACGGAAGUUACUCCAUUUAUCUUCAAUUCCAACAACCAUCCCAAGUCUAAGGGCAAAAGGCUACUUGAUGUGAGCAGCCUGGACGAGGAUCUGGAUGUGAUGAACAAACAUCUGCGCUCAUAUUUCAAGAUCGCGCUGAUGCGGCUCAUGGACAUGGUGCCCAUGGUGGUGCGCUUCAACAUGCUGGACGAGCUGGUGGUGGCGCUGGGCGCGGAGCUCACGGCGCUGGCGCAGGAGGGCAACCUGGCCGAGCUGCUGUGCGAGGAUGAAGACGCAAUGGAGAAGCGGCGCAUGGUGAUGGAGCGCGUGGAGCGCUUGCACAAGGCGUGCGCCACCAUCGAGAAUAAACUGUGACGCGCGCGGUGACUCGCACGCUCACCGGUGGAUAGUCGACUCCCCCGUCGCUGUUCCUUCUGUGGCUGCGCUGGCCUAAUGAUCAAGCGCAUCGGAACAUCGAUAGGCCGAUGCGCACAUCCCCUUCAUAGAUGGAUAAUUAAAGACAUGCCACAGUCGUGUGAUUGUUGUCAUAGAGUAAGCCGCUGUUGCCUGUGCUCCUUCCAUAUGCAAAAAUAGAAUAGACUGAAUUGUUACUGAGUUUCAUAAUCCUGAUUUAUAAGUUUGAAUAACGCCAGAUUCCUGAUUAUUAUAGACCUGUAUGCAGUAAAAGUCUUGACAAUAGUUCAUCGGAACGUGUUAUUCGUAAGCGUUUUAAGGUUGAAAUCAAGCCUUUUAUUCCAAUAAACAGCAUAUACAUGGAA